AUGGCUUCAGAGUAUACACAGAUUUUAAGAGAAAGACUGAGAGAAUCAUCUCAUGACGUUCAGUACAUAGAGCCUCCAUUCGAUGACUCCAUUGCUGACCUAGGGAAAGAGUGGAGGAGUGCUCUGGCAAAGUUAAAGUUUGCCAAUUCAUACAGAAUGGAGCCACUGAAAAAAUUCCAAGCUCACCUAGUGGAAACUAAAGUCCAGCAGGUAUUAAAGGAAAGUCUUAAAGAUGUCAAGUAUGAUGACAAGCUCUUCUCUCACUUGUCCCUUGAAUUAGCAGACCGCAUAUUGUCAGCAGUCAAAGAACUUGGGUACCAGCGUUAUAAGUUCAUUAUAAAGGUAUUAUUUAUUCAAAAGGCUGGUCAGGCAAUAAAUGUUUCCAGCCGGUGGAUCUGGGAUGUUGCAUGGGACAGCUGGGUUGCAGCUCAGCAUGAAACAGAAACUUACGUGGCCUUGGCCUUGGUGUUUGCUCUUUACUGUGAAUAACUCCUUAUGUGUCCUAAACAGUGUUUCCUCUCAGCUCCUCCAGUACAUGAAAUUUACAGGCUGUGAACCUCAGGAGUAUUGAUUAGCUAUAUUUUAAUCUCCAAUUGAAGCAUCUUAAUUGUACUCUUUUAACGACAAGUAAAAACUGGAUUUACCUUCA